AUGCAUGAUGAACGGAAAAUAAUUGAUCUUCCAUCUAAAGUAACUACUGCUCUAUCAACAACUUUAGUAACUGAUGAAUAUAAUGCCCAACAAGAAUAUAUCAAUGAAAUGGUGAAUACGUUAUCAGAUGGCAUUGUAACAUUAAAUGAUGACUUACAGCGACUGAGUAGUGAAUCAUUGCAACAGUCUCAAUUAAUAGAGAUGACUAGUCAAAGUUUAACACAGUUAAAAACAUCAUGUGAAGAAUCAAAUGUUGGUCUAAAUGCAUUUAAUACUAAUAUGAGCAUCCUUCAACAGGAUUACUUUUCUUUAAAACAUAAAAUCGAAGAGACACAAUCAAUUUCUUAUGAUGGAAUAUUAAUAUGGAAAAUUACCAAUAUUCAGGAGAAAAUGAUUGAUGCUCAAUCUGAACGUCAAGUGUCUAUUUAUUCACCACCGUUUUAUUCUUCGCUGACAGGAUACAAAAUGUGUGCUCGUCUUUAUUUGUAUGGCGAUGGAAAUGCGCGUCGUACUCAUAUAUCUCUCUUUUUCGUUUUAAUGCGAGGUUUACAUGAUUCUUUGCUUAAGUUUCCUUUCACUCACAAAGUUACAUUUUGUUUAUUUGAUCAAACUGGCGAACAACAACAUAUCAUUGAUUCAUUUCGUCCUGAUCCAAAGUCAAGUAGUUUUCAAAAACCACGUUGUGAUAUGAAUAUUGCAAGUGGAAUUCCAAAAUUCGUCUCGUUAGACAAAAUUCAACAGCAAAAUAAUCGAUAUAUUAAAGAGAAUACCAUGUUCAUCAAAGUGAUGGUAGAUUUUGAAAAUUUGCCCAAGACAAUGAUACCUUUUGCCGUAGGUUUAAAUCCGGGUCUACCAACAUAUUGUCAACAACGAAUGAUACAACAAGAAAUAGAACGAAGGGUACAAUUGCAAUCUCAAAAAAAAUUGACAAGUAAUGCAGUGACUACCAAUAGCAAUUUGUCGAUAAGCAAUCAAUAA